GUCUGAGGUCACACUGGAGCCCGCGUUUUCCCGACUCCAGACCCGACUGGUCCCUGCCUCCCGUAGCGAGGGGCAGAAAGGGAGAGGGGCACGCUGGGUCCCUUCCGGGUGAUGGUCCCGCUCCCAGCUGGGGAGCAGUUAGGGUCCCCGGGGAGCCUGGGGUUUGGCCCGUCCCGAGUGCGGCCGAAGGUCGGUCCCGGCCCGCCGGGGAUGGGGAGCGGGCCGCGGCCCCUGGCUGAGGGGCAGGAAGAGGAAGGCCCCCUGCCCGGCCCUCUGGAGGCUUCAGGCCUGCCCGGGCAGCUGCCGGCUCCCUCCCUCCCGUCUGCCCGUCUCCCCAACCCCCAGGGCCCGGCACUCUUGCUGGCUGGGAGGGCCCUCGGGGAAAGCAAGGCCGGAGGGAGGGGUGGGAGCGCAGGCCGCGGGGCCCUCUGCUCUCCUGGCCCCAGACUCCGUGGUGGGGGCUGUGCAGCCUGGGCCCGAGAGAGCCCCCAGGCCCAGGGCGGACGGGCCAGACGGGCCCCCGGGGCUCCUGGGAAAGAGGCUUUCCUUUCAGUGGGGACUGUGCAGCCUGGGCCCGAGAGAGCCCCCAAGCCCAGGGCGGACGGGCCUGGACGGGCCCGCGGGCUCCCGGGUCCCCAGGCAGUCCCCGGCCGAGCCAGGGUUGGCAGAGGCUGCUGGGAGGGCAGCCCUUACUCGGGCUGCCAAAAGGCCCCACCUGCUUAUUUCUUUCCGGGCCACGGUGGCGGUGGCCAUGGAGAAGCAGGAGAGGGGAAAGGCCCCCGCGGAGCCGGCCCAGCUGGGUGGGGACACUCGGCUGCCUGGUCCCAGGGCCCGGCCCGGCCAAGGCGGCCGCCCUCCCCCGCUCCCGGCCCUCCCCCAGCCUGGCCCCUGGAAGCCUCUGGCGAGCAUCUGUUAGUCUGGGGGCUCCGCUCUGGGCGGCGGGGGUUAGGGGUGCAGAGGGGGCCCCUCGGUGGGGGGGGGGCUUUUCCGGUGCUGCCGUCAGUGAGGGAGAAUCCCGGGGAGCCCCAGGCCUUGUGGGCGGCCGACAGCAACUGCACAGGGCGGGAGGGGAGGGGAGGGAGCCUACUACGUGCCAGUCACCUUAGGAAUGACUCAUUUGGGGGCAGCGGGGCGGCAGUCAGGACCUGAGUGCGAAUCUGCCCUCAGACACUUAACUUCCUGGCUGGGACCCUGGGCAAGUCACUGAACCCCACUGCCUCAGAAAAAAAGAAUCCUUUGAGCCUGACCCCGGCCUGCAAGGGAGGCGCUGUUAUUAUCCCUACUUUACAGUUGGGGAAACUGAGGCGCAGAGGCUAGGGCGUGCUUGAGCUCACCCCGAGCCUCCUCGUGGGCUCAUGAGUGGGCCGGGGGCUCGGGCCGGGCUGCAGGGUCCGGGGGCGGAGGGCGUGGCCGGGAGGCGGCCGGGGAGCGGGAUUCUGCAGGGGCUCGGGGCUUUGGCUCCCACCGGAAGCGCCCGGGUUCUGCUCCUUGGUGCUGUCGUUGUCCUGUGUCAGCUCCACAGCCUGGGGGGCGCAGGGGAAGAAACCGGGGCCCAGGGAACUCGGCGCCCGAGCGGGCCGACCUUGCACUGAUGUCCUUCCUUUCUCCCGCCCUCCGGGGCGGCCUCAGAAAAUGAGCCCAGCUUUGGAGGCUGCCCUCGGGGCCCACUCCUGGCCUGGCGGGGAGAGGGAGGACGUAGGGGGAAGUGCCCCUUGUGCCCCAGAAGGGAGAGAGGGGGUCCCGGCAGAGGGGGCGCAAGUCAGAGCCCCCGACUUCGAGUUGUGCCUCUGUGUGAUAACAGUAAAUAAUACAUCCGGAUAACCGGAACGGCCCCUGCCACGCCCGGGCGCUGCGCUAAGGGCUUUAGAAACCGUGUUUCGUUUGCUCCUCACAACCAGUGUGGGAGGUGGGUCUGACAGAUGGGGAAGCUGAGGCUGCGAGGGGCUUGGCUUAGCCCAGGCUCACGCAGUUAUUAUGUGUCCAAGGCAGGGUCUGCACUCGGGCCCAGCACUCUGGGUUCCAGGCCUGGGCUCCUCCUCACCUCCCAGGUUUCAUUUGGAAAAUGAGAGAUGUGGAGCAGCCGGCCCGCAGGGUCCCUCCCGGCCUGUGGGGUCCCUCCCGGCCUGUGGGGUCCCUCCCGGCCUGUGGGUCCUUCCCGGCCUGUGGGGUCCCUCCCGGCCUGUGGGGUCCCUCCCGGCCUGUGGGGUCCCUCCCGGCCUGUGGGGUCCCUCCCGGCCUGUGGGGUCCCUCCUGGCCCGUGGGGUCCUUCCCGGCCUGUGGGGUCCCUCCCGGCCUGUGGGGUCCUUCCUGGCCCGUGGGGUCCUUCCCGGCCUGUGGGGUCCCUCCCGGCCUGUGGGGUCCCUCCUGGCCUGUGAGGUCCUUCCUGGCCUGUGGGUCCUUCCUGGCCCGUGGGGUCCCUCCCGGCCUGUGGGUCCUUCCUGGCCCGUGGGGUCCCUCCCGGCCCAUGGGGUCCUUCCCGGCCUGUGGGGUCCUUCCCGGCCUGUGAGGUCCCUCCCUGCCCAUGGGGUCCUUCCUGGCCUGUGGGGUCCCUCCUGGCCCUUUGAGCCUCUUAGCCCCCAGCUCCCGAGGGCUCAGAUUCUCUCAGGUGAUGGGGAGGGGAGGGGGAAGUGCAGGGAGAGGCCCCCCAAAUCUCGCUGUCAGAUUCCCUGAGCCCCCGGAUCUCCCCUUCUCGGGGCAGGGAGCGAGAGGCAGAGAAGCUUCUGUGCUGAGGGACCUCGCCGGGGUUCUCAGGGCCCGCCAGGCCGUGGCCGCUGCCACUGGGCCAUUGCCCCGUCUCCUCGGUGGGGGGCCAGGGAGCCGAGAGCCGGAGCCCAGGGGGAGCCUCCAGCCGAUCGGGGCCCCCCAAAUAUACCUCCCGCCCCCCUCCAUCCAGCCCUGGGUGCCAGGACCCCCCAGUCAGGGGGUGGUCAGAGCCAGGCCCCGACGUCCUGGAGGGAGAGACGCCUCGGGAGGGAGGGAGGGAGGGAGGUUCGCCAGGCCCCAAGCUCGGCCCCCGUGGCGGCCCCCGCCGGCUCCCCCGCCCCUCCUCCCCACGGGGGCCCGGCUCCAGCCUCUCUGUCU